CGCGUAACCCAAUCCACGCCCACGAAGUCUCAAGUGCGGGCGUCUCCUGUGGUCGGCGAGAAUGGGCGGGACGGAUGGGCGUCAGUGGUGGCUUUGGGCGGCGCUGGUGGGCUGGCUGUGGGCGCCGGCGUGGGCGGUCCCCCAUCCUGUGAUUGUGGAGCUGAGAGAGAAGCCUGUUGAACCCUCUCCGGCUCUGAGGUCUCAGCUCCGCCACAUGACUCACCUGAACGCGAUGCUGUCCAUCGACUCGGCGCUCUGCCCCAACAGCAUCGCCGCCGUCGACGCCGCCGACCAGAGGAACAGGACAGACAAGUUCAUCCGCGCCGUGUUCCGAGGUCCCCCCCCUCCGCACGACCUGUCUAUCAUCGUCAAAAUAGACGGGAAUGGCAUCAAAGCCGUCGUGCAGGGCAUUCCGACUCAUGGUCAUGCACAGAAUCCUUGGCAGCUCAUGAUCAUGCAUAUAUGCUGUGUAGCCAUGAUUACACACAGAUACCUUUACGGCCAUGACCAAGGGCGUGAUGGGAGGCAGGGCUGA